GGGGUUAAUUGUCUAGUGCACGACCAGAGGUACGUGGAGGGGGAGAAGCAGAGGAAGGCGUCUUACUUUCACUUUCAGUUGAGAAUAUAUAAUAAGGGCGAGCCGGCGGGUGACGACCAGAGAGCUGAGCACGGAGCGGGCGACCUACCUGCACGAUUUUCCGAUAAUGGAGCGUCCAGUGUGUCUGAUAGAGAACCACGAGGAUGGGACCAUCCGGGUGAAUCAGGAGGCCCUGGAAAUCUUAUCCCGCUUUACUCAGAAGGUGGUUGUUGUGGCCAUAGUCGGGAAAUACCGGACCGGGAAGUCCUAUCUGAUGAACAGACUGGCGGGAAGUAAAAAUGGCUUCUCCUUGGGCUCGACAGUCCAGUCCAUGACUAAAGGUAUCUGGAUGUGGUGCGUUCCUCACCCUGUGAAACAUGGGCACACCCUGGUGCUGCUGGACACAGAAGGCCUGGGUGACGUGGAGAAGGGGAACAGUGAGAAUGAUUCCUGGAUUUUCGCCCUCGCCGUUCUUCUCAGCAGCACCCUGGUAUUUAACACCAUAGGGACAAUCGAUCAGCAGGCCAUGGAUCAGCUCCAUUAUGUCACUGAACUGACUGAGAAAAUAAAAGUGAAAUCCACCGAGCAAGCAGAGUUAGAAGAUGAUUCAUCAGAGUUCAAGAGAUUUUUCCCGUCCUUCGUAUGGUGUGUUCGAGAUUUCAACCUUCAGCUGCAAAAAGAUGAGAAGGACAUCACCGAGGACGAGUAUCUGAAAAAUGCCUUGAAGCUGAAGCCAGGAAUAGGACACAAAGUGCAUAAUUACAACCUACCCCGGGAGUGUAUCCUCCAUUACUUCCAUUCACACAAAUGUUUUGUGUUUGAUCGUCCGGCAUCUAAGCUGGAUCUCCAGAACAUGGAUAAAGUGCAGGACUCUCAGCUGGACCCUGCCUUUAUACAACAGACAAAGAUGUUCCGUGAGUACAUUUAUGAGAAGAGUCCAGUUAAAGCCCUAUCAGGCGGGUACACGAUAACCGGGAGAGGUCUUGGGGACGUCGCAGUCUCCUAUGUAGAGGCGAUCCGCAGCGGUUCCAUUCCUUCUAUGGAGAAUGCAGUUAUUGCUUUGGCGAAGAUUGAGAAUUCUCGAGCCGUAGAAGACGCUUUAUCUAAGUAUGACGAGAUGAUGGCUCCCCAUGUCAGCAGAUUUCCAACUGAGACACAAGAGGAGUUUCUGAACCUGGGCAAGGAAUGUCACUCAGAAGCGGUGAAAGUCUUUAUGAAACUCUCCUUCAAUGAUACAGAUCAGGAAUACCAGGCCAGGCUUAUGAAAGCGUUGGGUAAUAGAAAGGCAGAGUAUCUGCAGAGAAAUGAAGAGGCGUCUGAGAGGAGGUGCAGAGCUAUACUGCAGGAGCUGAGCGCGGGGCUGGAGAAAGGAAUCAAGGAAGGAAGCUUCUCUGUGCCCGGGGGAUAUAAGAUGUUCACUGAGGAGAAGAGAUCUCUGGAGAUGGAGUAUCUAAAGGUCAAAGGCAAGGGGGUAAAGUAUCUGGAAAUAUUACAAGAGUUCCUUAAAGAGAAGGAGACUUUGGGAUCCACCAUCUUGAUGGCUGAUAAAACUCUAAAAGAAAAAGAAAAGAAGUUGGCUGAGCAGCGAUCACAGACUGAAGCCGCAGCAAGAGGGAAGGAGAUCCUGGAAAAAGCUAACAUGGAGCUGAAGAGGAACCAAGAGAAGGAGCAGGAGAAUUACAAGCUUCACAUGGAAAUGCUGGAGAAGAAAAUGCUGGAUGAAAGAGAGAAGAUGAAGGAACAGAAUGAGUGGCUGAUAAAAGAGAAACUGAAGGAACAAGAAGAGAUGCUGGCCCGGGGCUUCAAAAGGCAAUAUGAAUCGCUGGAGGAUCAGAUCAAGCAACUACGAGAGGAGAACAGCGAGUCCGGGUCAAUAAUGGGAGAAAUCAUCACCGACAUAUUACCCGGGGUAUUUGGGAAAAUGUUAAAAAGAAAUAGGAGGAAUAUAUAGUAUAUGCCGUAGGCCUGGUGCAGGGCCUGAGAGGGCGAGGAAUGACCUGAGGAUCCGAAGAUCUUCAAGUCGUGGCACCUACCUCAGACCCUGCCCUAUGCUGAGUGCUCCUUUACACAUAUCUUGUAGCCAAGUAUAAUAAAUGACAAGAAAUACACGUUUACUCAUCUACUUUUAAGAGCACCUGUCAGCAGGAUCAACAUCAAUAACCCCCACAUGCUGUCUGGUAGGGUUGAUCCUUCUGAUUAGAAAGCUACCAGUCUUGUGAAAAUCCGCUGCGGCGUUCCUGAGAAAAAAACUUUAGCUCUUUAUAAAACUGAGGGCUUCAGUGCACGGAGGGGCCUAGGCCCCCUUCAACCCCUUAGCCUUCUUGUGCUAACCCUAAUUUGCAUAGAAAAUACAAGUUUUUUUUUUCCACUGGAACACCACAGCUGAUUUUCACAAGACAGACAUAAUUUUAGUCAGCAGGAUCACGCUCACCAGACAGUAUGCUGGGUUCAAUAAGGUUGAUCCUGCUGACAAGUAUUCUUUAAUAUAAAGAAAUAUAAUCUACUAUUUGUGUUUACACCAUAAGUAUAAUCUUCCCUUAAUGUCUGGCUAUUAAUGCCUUAGUGUGUUUUACACCCACAUCACAACUUUUUGUGUGUAUUGCACCAUCCGUAUUCACCCUGCUUUAUUUUUGCUGUAUUACUAUAUACUUUAUAUGUUGUGUUAACGCUGCAGCGCUCACUGCUGACACUGGGUGUCACUUUUACAUAAGCUAUAUAUAUGACAGAGUCUGUGGCUGAAGCCACGUGGUGUGACAGAAGAGCCUGCUGUCCUCUUCACUCUAUGCAGUCUCGCAGGUAGUACACACUCCUAGUGCUUUCUGCAGGUGGUCAUCCUUCUGUAUAUCCAGCGGAAGGAACUUUUUGGUGGUCUCUAGAAGCACUGCUCCACUUCUUCCUCUUUUGCUCUUCCAAACUCCCUGGGUUCAACACAAUCUCAGGUCUUUGGUUCUGACCAAAUUUGCCCUGGGGGAUGAAGGACAAAGACACCUUGUGCUGCACGUUUUGAUAAAAUACAA